CCAUACGACGUCAUCAAUAACGUCGUAACAAUACUUGCAGCACGUGCGGAUAGAUUUAACCUCUCUCUAUCGUUGUGGAUAAAAGAAAGAAAUAUCUGUCUUGAUAAAUUUCGUACCUUUCAAGUAUAUAUUAUUCAAAAAUUAGGUAGGAGAAGAUGGGUAAAUUGGGAUUGCGGUUAAAUAGCCGGAAAAAGGCGAAACGUUGGCCGAAGGGUCAGAGCUCCAGCUCUAAUCCACAAACUAAAAAGCAUCGGGAACAGGCAUCCUGGAUGUUCUUCAAAGAUUCAACAGCCUCUGCGAAGCCUGGUAUAACAGAGGAAAGUUUAAAAAAACACAAUGCUAUUCAAGGGAUUGAAUCACAGGUAGAAACACCUAAUAGCAAAGAUAACUCUUGGGAAACAUGUACAGAAAACACUGCUGAUACUUUUGCUACCAAUUGUUCAAAUAUAUCAUUUAGUAGGUUAGUGCAUAAUCGUACUUAAAUCAAACUUAGUUUU